CCCCUUAUUCCCCAGCUUCUGUCUGUUAGUAAACAGAGUCUAGUAGUCAGGAGGCUCUCGGGGUCUGUGAUUGGCUGCUGCUGAAAGAGGCGGAGAGGACUGAUUGGAACGUUUGAUCCGCCAAUCACCGUGGGGAGAGGAACGACCUGAAGGGAAGCGCUGCUCAUCCACGUGUUUACCGUCAUACCUCAGGGUCUCAGACCGCGAUACUCAGGUGUGUGCCCAGCUGGAAGACAGCGUACCCUAAAAGGGCGUUACUCGCUCUGAAACCACAAAGGCCACAGCUGGGAAGGAGCCUGAACCCCUAAGUCUUCAGUUGAAGAACAGCUACCUGACCUACAUCAGACAGUGAGCCUGUUCAAGGAUUGCACCAUGACCCUCCCACUCUUCUUGAGGUCCUGCCUUCCCUCUGCCAUAAGGAGUUUGACUCUACAAAAGAAGUUAAGCAUCAGAAACUCAUCUGGAAUGGUUGGGGGGCCCCGGCCAGCCAGCAUGGUGGUCCUGCCCAGCUCCCUCGCCCCAGCCUUCGAAAGCUUCUGCCAGACCAACCGUGGUCUCCUGCCCCUGCUGGGCCGAUGCAAGCCAGGCCAGUGGACAUUGCCAGCCCUGGGUGGUGACUCGGGCACCAGGAUGGGCUGUCCCCAGUUCUGGAAAUACGAGUUUGGUGCCUGCACGGGCAGCCUGACCUCCCUGGACGAGUACUCGGAGCAGCUGAAGGACAUGGUGGCCUUCUUCCUGGGCUGCAGCGGCUCCCUGGAAGGGGCCUUGGAGAAGGUGGGGCUCCCCAGAAGGGACCCCGCAGCUCAUGCCCACGCCGGCGCCUACAAGACCUUGGUGCCUUGUGCCUCCUUUGCUGGCUUUUGCUGCCCUCUGGUGGUCACGAUGAGGCCCAUUCCCAAGGACAAGCUGGACAGGCUGGUGCGGGCCAGUUGCUCCGUGGAGGGUGAGCAUGGGCAACCAGUUCAUAUCGGUGACCCAGAACUGCUAGGAAUCAAAGAUCUUUCCAAACCUGACUACGGGGAAGCUGCAAUGUGUCGGCCAGGGGAUGUUCCAGUGUUCUGGUCUUCUCAGCUGACCAGCCUUGAAGCUGUCAGCAGCUGCAAGGCCCCACUGGCUUUCACCAGCGCCCCGGGUUGCACGGUUAUGACAGACCUGAAGGCUGUAAAGGCUCCAGCCAGCUCUCUCACCCCUGAGGGAAUUCCAGAAGUCCAUCAUAUUUCCCAGGAUCCUUUGCUCUACAGCAUUGCCUCAGCGCCAGCCGUGCAGAAGAUCAGAGAACUAGAAACUCUAAUUGCCGUAGACCCAGGCAACCGGGGCAUUGGGCACCUGCUCUGCAGGGACGAGCUGCUAAGGGCCUCCCUGUCGCUGUCCCAUGCCCGCUCAGUGCUCGUCACCACCGGGUUCCCCACACACUUCGCCCAUGAGCCUCCUGAGGAGACAGACGGCCCACCAGGAGCCCUGGCUCUGGCUGCCUUCUUGCAGGCCUUGGAGAAGGAGGUGUCCCUGAUCGUGGACCAGAGAGCCUUGGGCUUGCACCAGAAGCUGGUGGAGGAGGCUGUUGAACAAGGUGUUCUGAAGGCACGCAUCCCGAUGUUAACUUACCAAGGAGGAUCAGAGGAAGCUGCUCAGGCAUUUCUGUGCGAAGAUGGGGACCCCAAGUUGCCCAGGUUUGACCAUCUGGUGGCCAUAGAGCGUGCAGGAAGGGCCGCUGACGGCAAUUACUACAAUGCGAGGAAGAUGAACAUCAAGCACUUGGUUGACCCAAUUGAUGAUCUUUUCCUUGCCGCGCAGAAGAUUCCUGGAAUCUCGUCAACUGGGGUUGGCGACGGAGGCAAUGAGCUUGGGAUGGGCAAAGUCAAGGAGGCUGUGAGAAGGCACAUUCGAAAUGGGGCUGUCAUCGCCUGUGACGUGGAGGCCGACUUUGCCGUCAUCACUGGUGUCUCCAACUGGGGAGGAUAUGCCUUGGCCUGUGCGCUGUACAUCCUGAACUCAUGUGAGGUCCAUGGACGGUACCUGAGGAAGGCAGUUGGACCCCCCAGAGCACCUGGGGAGCAGAACUGGACUCAGGCCCUCCCGUCUGUCACUAAGGAAGAAAAAAUGCUGGGCAUCCUGGCACAGCACAAAGUCCGGAGUGGAGUCACGGGCACCGUGGGCAUGGAGGUGGACGGGCUGCCCUUCCACGGCAUCCACGCAGAGAUGAUCCAGAAAUUGCUGGAGGUCACCACAGUGCACACAUGACCAGGUUACAUGUGUGUGGAAUGCACAGCAGAUGGCCAGGCCUGGACCCAGGAAACAGUUCCCCGAGGCCCCCAGCUUCCUUCCACAGCAGCCUUGCAAAUCAGCACUGGCCCUGGGUGAGCAACGAACUCUGCACUGGC